UUUCUCAGGUUUAUAUACUUGCAUUUCGCCAGUGUCAUGUGCUAACGCAACGUAGAUGAUCCUUUCAUUGGACUCUCAGUUCUCGAGUCAGUGCAAGAUGGCCGCCUCAGAUGAGGUACUCAAGGAUGGCAAAGCGGUGCCUGUGGGCUUUGGAAAGCUCUUGGCGCACACAGAUAGGGUGGUCCGAGACCGUGGUUUCAAGAAACUAAGAAAGUGGCUGAAGAAGAACCCAGACCUGGGAAGGCUGGAAUUUAUGAAAGUUUGGAAAGGCCUAUAUUUUGCGAUGUGGAUGGCAGACAAAAGACCCGUUCAACAGGAGCUUGCUGUUCAGAUCGCAUUGCUUCUCAACGAAAUUCCACUGGAGAGGCGCACAAUGUGGAUCGAAUGCUUCUGGGACACGAUGCGGGAUGCCUGGGAAAAGCUGGAUGCCCAUCGCGUCACUGACCGAGGAAAAGACACCACCCCCACAUCGUGCAAUGUGAGCUGUUCCAACCAUUUGGCAUGAUGUUUUAUGGCUCUGAGUGAAUUAUCCGC